AUGUCUGGCGAAGAAUCUAGCAAUGCAAAACGUAGAAGAGUCGCGAGAGCUUGUGACACUUGUAGACGCAAAAAGGUUCGUUGUGACGGUGUACAGGCUGGAUCCGAUCCUCCGUCUUGUACGAAUUGCAAAGCAUAUGGAUAUGAAUGUGCGUUUAUAGAUGCACCUAAGAAACGAGGACCACCAAAAGGUUAUAUUGAGGCAUUAGAAACAAGACUUCAACGGAUGGAAUCGAUACUUGGUGGUUUGGUUCAAUCCGGAGAAUUACCGGAAGGCGCAAUUUCACCAAAUCUUGAAUGGAUUAAUGUGAACGAAACAAAUUUCAAUGGUGGGGAAACUGUAGUUGGAAAAUCUGGUCAAGAAUCACGUGGUACACGGAAAUCGUACGAGGGUGGCUCCAAAAGUUCAUCAUCUUCGGGAUUAUCUUCAGCUCAUCGAACAGAUGGAUAUUCACGACACAAAAAAACCAGUGCUGGUUAUAGAUCUCGCUCAAAUAGCGAAGAUUCCGAUCAAUCGUUAUCUGACAACAGCAAUCAAGAAUAUGGAAGUAAUUAUGAUCUGAAUGACAGUAUGGGUCAGUUGGCGAUUGAUGAAACCGGACAAACGCGAUAUUUGGGAAAUAGCUCAGGAAUUUUCUUACUCAAAAUCACAAACAGAGUGGCGAACGGUCAAAUUAUUACCGUACCACGUGGUGAUUGUCAUAAUAAAGGGAGUUCGAAGUCGGCCGUGUUUGAAUUGCCACCUCGAGAAUUAUGUGAUCAAAUGUUGGAUACAUAUUUCACCAGAGUUCAUCCUUAUAUGCCUUUUCUCGAUCCAGUUGAAUUACGAGAGAAAUACGAAAAUCUCUCGAAUAAUUCUUCGAUAUUAAUGUUACUUUACGCGAUUUUCGCGAUUUCAUCACGAUUUAUUGAUCAACCUGCUGUUCGUAAGAAUCCGGAUGACCCAACUACAACAGGUGAUGGAUUCUUCGAACGUGCCAAAGAAUUACUCAAAGAUGAAUUUGACGAUGCACAAUUGAGCACUCUACAAGCACUUUUGCUUAUGGCCGCGUACCAACAAGGUGCGAAAAAUUCACGAACUUGGAUAUAUACAGGGCUGGCUAUUCGUAUCGCACAAGAUAUGGGAUUACAUCGUGAUUCCGCGAAAUGGAGUCUCGAUGAAACACAGACCGAAGUGCGAAAACGUGUUUGGUGGUCCUGUUAUAUGUCGGAUCGUUUUAUUAGUGCUGGAUUAGGUCGACCGAUGAAUAUCAAUGAAUCGGAUUGUGAUGUUCCAUUCCCUACACCUGGUGCAUUACCCACCGAUGAACCAGGAUCAGUAGAUGCAUGGGUGAGAACAAUAAAGUUGACACAAAUUCUUGGACGUGUCUUGUCACACAUCUAUGGAAUAAAAUCAAAACACACAACACAUGCUGCAAUGGACUCUGUUCUCGCUACUUUAGAUGCAGAACUUAACAAAUGGCGUGAUGAUCUUCCACCCGAGCUACAAUACGAUCCAUCAAUAACUGUUGGUGAUCCGAUGAAUCAAAGACGCGGAGUAAUGCAUCUAAUGUUCUACACUAUUCAAAUAUUAUUACAUCGACCACAUAUUCGAGGGCCUAAAUCGAAAGCACCGCCCUCAUCAAUUCCCUCCCUCACAAUAUGUACAAUGGCGGCAAAUAAUAUCACACAUAUUGCAUAUCGUGCAAUGAAAGAGGGGAAAUUAAGACUCGCCUGGAAUUUCACGCUAUAUUUCUUUUUUACCGCGUCUGUUAUGCAUGUCAUUAAUGCAUUAAGUGGUGAUGAUCGAUUCCGUGAGGUGGCAAAACAUGGACUACGCAUGUCUCUGAAAUGUUUGGAGCAUUUGAAACCUUAUUGGUUUGGGUCCGAAAAGUGCAUUCUGGUAAUACGAGAUUUAUUACGUGUGCGUAAUAUUAAUCUCGACGGAUUUAAUCCUAAUGGUACAGAACAUAUUAAUAAAUCAAAAGAGGAUGGCGAAGAUCCGUUUAAGGUGGAUGGAAAUGUUGUCAUGUGUAUGCGAAAUGAUCUUGGAGAUGGUCGAUCAAUUCCUAACAGUAAUCAUAAAGUUACAUUUGCACCGUCGUCUCCUUCAUCAUCAAAUAUUUCUGCCUCUACAACACAACAACAACGAUCACCAUCAAUACCAUAUGAAAAUUCACCAUCCCCCGCGUCAUCUUCUUCGUCCACCGCCAAUACAUUUAUACCAGUUGGCUCGGAAUUUUUAAAUCAAGAAAAUGCAUUUUUCCCGCCAAAUGCCGACGCAUUCGCCACUACCGAUGUGUCAUCAUUGAUAUUUGAUGAUGAAGACCCAUUGGGUAAUGGAAAUCCAUUUUGGUCGGUGCCCACGAAUAUCGAUUGGAAUGUCUGGACAGAGUACGUGAGCGGCAUGCACGGAUUAAGAGCUACUGUGAGUGAAUCUAAUGGGAUUCUGGGUCGGGGCGUUAAUACUACUGGAAGAAUGCCGCAUGGAUUAUAA